CUGAGUGCAAGUGAGUGGCUUAUGCCACGUACUUUCGCUCAAACUCCCCCGCGAGCCAAACCGCCGCACUUCGGUUCUCGCGAGCAAGACAGCAGUGUACAGGCGAUGAUGAAGACUCCGGCCGGCGUGCGCAUGCGCAUGGCGCUCAGUCACCAGCGCAACCUUCGUUAUGUGCUUCUGACAGCAUGUGGUGCGCUGCUACUGGUCAUGUACCUGCUCACUAAGACGCCAACUCCCUACACGUACGACAAGCUGUCGGACGAGGAGGAUAAGCGCUUCAACACACAGGCCAUCAUGGACCAGUGGCCGGGUCAGUGCCAGAUCAAGAACUUUGAGCAGCUGCGCCGCAUGUCCAUCGUCUACACGUGGGUCAACGGCAGUCAGCCCUGCUACCGCGAGCUCCGCGAAAAGGCUGGCGGCAAACACGCCGUCGGAGGCUCGCGCGACCGAGAGAUCGGAGAGCUCAUGUUCUCCAUCCGCUCGCUGGAGAAGUACGUACCUUGGCACACUGGCCAGAUCUACAUCGUGUCUCCUGGCCACAUCCCACACUGGAUCGACAUGAACAACCCACGUAUUAAGGUGAUCAACCAGGACGACCUGUUCCCGGACUACGCCAAGCAGUUCCUACCCACUUUCAACACGCACGUGAUCGAGCAGUUCCUGUACCUCAUCCCCGGCCUCUCGGACAUUUACAUGCAAGUCAACGACGAUUAUUUGUUCACCAAACCCAUCGCUCCCCACGAGUUCUUCACGUGUGACGGCGGCAUCCGGUUGCUGCACGAGAAUGGACUCAUCUCCCACACGCCGCCGACCCCGAAGAAGGGAAUUUGGAUCGCCUCCGUGCUCAACACUCAGCAGGAGAUGGAUCUGCGUUGGGGCAAGGCUGAUCGCCACUUCAUCAAGCACGCUCCGUUUGUCUACUCGCGUCGUGCAUUCGAGCGCGUCCACCAGAUCUUCGACCGUCCUCUGUACAUGACGCUCAAGAGCAAGUUCCGUGGCAAGCCUGAUAUGAACAUGCCGCUACUGCAUCACUAUUACAUGGUGGCACAAGGCAGCGAAGAGCUCGGUAUCCCUGUCUACUCGCCUCCUGAAGAGGAGAUGUCAGGGUACAAGCUGAUUCUGAUGCAGAACAAUAACAUCGACAAGCUCAAGCAGACUUUUGGACAGAUUCUGGACGGUUCUACGCCAUACAGUAUCGUUGCGCUUAACGAUGAGUACUCGGACAUGCGUGUGGCGGACACAGCGCUUGAGUUCCUCAACAAAUUCCUGCCUGAGCCCAGCUCAUUCGAGCGUAAGCCUGACUCGGAGCCCCACGCGCUUACUGUACGCAAGCCUGGCACUUGCGAAGUGGAUCCGAUGAUCCUGUCGCCGUUCCCGAGACGAGUGGAAGCUGCGCCCAAGUACCAAGUGAUCGCGUACCGUGAGCUGCGUUGGGUGGCAUUUACUAACUCGCUUCUGCGUGGAAUGGGCUUCGGUCUGGGUGCCAUUAUCAUGUACAUCUUCUACUUGCUGGUAUUGCGCCGCAAUAAGGCACCAAUGGGCUCAAACGGCGCCUAUGAUAAGGUGUAAACGAGCUGGAUGGGGGAAUUAAGUGCAGAAUGUUUUACGGGCAGAGGCAAGACCGUCGACGCUGCGGGCUGGUAGCAUGAAGCCUGUGGAGACGAGGUUGGUAGGUUUAGUACGUGUAUCUACAGCACGAGGCAAAUGUGCACACAACUCGCCAGCGUUCAGUGCAGAAUAGACGUUGCGAUAUCUUUUUUCGUUUAUUUGAUGUUGUCCUCUUAUCAAUGACGUGGCAACUACAUAGCAAUCCUUUGGGCACAGACAAUGAAGCGAGCGAACAU